CAAAUAAAACCACAGGAGGCGGCAGGCUGUGUCAGCACGCAAACUUGAGUGCCAUCAGCUCGGCUCGCUGCUCCUGAGACUCACUGCCCGACUGCUCCACCUCCAAACCUCGGUCCCGGGUUUCUGGGCGGGCCGGGUGCGGGCGCCUGCUCACCAGCACACCUGCCUACUCGACCCCAGCCAAACCCGCUCUGCCCCUUGCUGGUUCCCAGAUCGUGCUCCCUGAAGCCUGCGCCACGCAAGCCUCCCCCAGUUGAGCCAAGCCCCGUGGGCAUCAAGAUGAAGGCGGCCCGCUUCGUUCUGCGCAACGCCGGCUCGCUGAGCAGCGCCACGCUGGUGCCCCGCGAAGUUGAGCAUUUCUCGCGCUAUAGCCCGUCCCCGCUGUCCAUGAAGCAGCUGCUGGACUUUGGCUCAGAAAAUGCAUGUGAAAGAACUUCUUUUGCAUUUUUGCGACAAGAAUUGCCUGUGAGGCUAGCUAAUAUCCUGAAGGAAAUUGAUAUUCUUCCUGAUAGAUUAAUAAAUACCUCUUCAGUACAGUUAGUAAAAAGCUGGUAUAUCCAGAGCCUGAUGGAUUUAGUGGAAUUCCAUGAGAAAAACCCAGAAGAUCAGAAAGCAUUAUCAGAUUUUAUAGAUGCUCUCAUCAAAGUUCGAAAUAGACACCAUAAUGUAGUCCCUACAAUGGCCCAAGGAAUCAUAGAGUAUAAAGAUGUCUGUACAGUUGACCCAGUCACCAAUCAAAAUCUUCAGUAUUUCUUGGAUCGAUUCUACAUGAACCGCAUUUCCACACGGAUGCUGAUGAACCAGCACAUUCUUAUAUUUAGUGACUCAAAGUCAGGAAACCCAAGCCACAUUGGAAGCAUUGAUCCAAACUGUGAUGUGGCAGCAGUGGUCCAAGAUGCCUUUGAGUGUUCAAAGAUGCUUUGUGAUCAGUAUUAUUUAACAUCUCCAGAAUUAAAGCUCACACAAGUGAAUGGAAAAUUUCCAGGCCAACCAAUUCACAUUGUCUAUGUCCCUUCUCACCUUCAUCAUAUGCUCUUUGAACUAUUCAAGAAUGCCAUGAGGGCAACAGUUGAACACCAAGAAAAUUGUCCUGCCCUUACACCAAUUGAGGUGAUUGUUGUCUUGGGAAAAGAAGACCUUACAAUUAAGAUCUCAGACAGAGGAGGUGGUGUUCCCCUGAGAAUCACUGACCGCCUCUUUAGUUACACAUACUCCACUGCGCCCACACCUGUGAUGGACAAUUCCCGGAAUGCUCCUUUGGCUGGAUUUGGUUACGGCCUGCCAAUUUCUCGUCUCUAUGCCAAGUACUUUCAAGGAGAUUUGAAUCUCUACUCCUUGUCAGGAUAUGGAACAGAUGCGAUCAUCUAUUUAAAGGCUUUAUCUUCUGAGUCUGUAGAAAAGCUUCCGGUCUUUAACAAGUCAGCCUACAAGCAUUAUCAGAUGAGCAAUGAGGCUGAUGACUGGUGUAUCCCCAGCAAGGAACCAAAGAACCUGGCAAAGGAAAAAGUGGCUGUGUGAAAAGGGACACUCGGGGCACUUUAAGGGAUCAAAGUGGGUUUAGCCAGUGCUGCUUCCUGAAUGUUUGCGUGUGAACUCACUUCCUCAAAAACAAACAACAGCAACAGAACUCUUUGAUGAGAACACUAAGUCAAAGAGGAGAAGAGCUGGUUUCUGUGCCCGGGAGAACACAGUGCUGGACUGUAGCUUUUAACUUAGAGUAACACUUGAGUUUAUAUCACAUCCUGAAAAAGAAAGAACUUCAGUUUUCUCUCUCUUAGUCAGCAAGAAUGGAGAAAGGGGUGAAGAUACAGGCCAGCAGUUUCUAAUAGGUCACUAUUUUAGACCUCUGCUUAAUGGUGUAAGCUAUGGGUAUUUAUUGAUUAGCAGGUGUCAAUAUACCAGUAUUUUCUUGUCAUUCAAAGGUUUAGGGCAUAGUUUACACUGUGUGUAAAUCUUUAUAUAUAUAUAUCUGCUCUAGGAAGGAAAAGCUGGUGACUGAUGUUCACUUUGAAUGAAUGGAAAUGUUUUUAAUUCAAAGUUACAGCUCAGGCAUUGGACCUAUGUGAGAACGCAGAAGAAUACUUCUGAUAAAUACGGCCCCUUUAUUAUGCUGCUUUCCUGUUCACAAUAAAUGAACACAUAUUGCUGAGUGCCUAGUCUUGGGCAAAUUUAAAAAUAUGCACUGAAAAUUCAGGAUGUUGACAGUUGGAGAGAGAUAAGAAUUGCCAAAGUGAUAGCAAAAAUCUCUUAACCUUGCUUUGUUUCUAAAGAAUCAGUAGAUGAGAGAAACUAAAAUUAAGGAAAGAAAUCAUACAUCCAAGACCUAGGUCAGUAGGAAGGAUUCUUCUUUAGCCUACAGUGGUGGCAAUCCAAAGACAACCACUUUCUAGGUUUAAAAAGAUGUAUUUUGGAUACAUUUCAUUAUAUUCUCUACAGUCCACCAUUAACCUAUCUAUUAAAAAAAAAAGAAACUACUUAUCCAGUGGUUCAAGAAUAUUAUAAUUUAAAAAAUUCUUGGAAAAUUUUAACAACCUGUGAUUAAGAGGUUUUCAUGGCAGGAUGCUUUCAUUUCUGAAUUACUGAGACUGAGAUAUAAUGAAUGAAAGCUAGAAUGUAUAUGGUACUUUGGGAGAGUUAAGGAAUAAUGUGCAGGUUGACAGACCAAUCUAGCAGAUUACUCUUGGAGAAGAAAAAGAAGGGAGGGAGGGAGGGAGAGAAG